AAUACCAUACAACUUUUUAGUGCAGAGAUUCAUGGUCUCCUCCAUAUUUUCAGAUAUAUCUCAAUAUAACUUUGUUUCCAUGAAGUUAUCACCCUACAUCAAUGCAAUCACGAUCACAAUUUUCGCCUCUUCUCUUGUUCCAGCUUAUUUCAAUGCUCAAGCGAGUAAUGGAACUACGAAAAGAGAGGAAGCACAUGCUCUGCUGGAGUGGAAAUCUGGUCUGGACAAUUCUAGUCAAGCUCUUUUAUCUUCAUGGCAAGAGAACGACCCUUGCAUAUGGAGAGGGAUCGGCUGUGAUGGCUCAGGAAGUGUCUCAGGGCUUAAUCUCACGAACAUGGGUUUGCAAGGUUCGCUCAGCAAACUUAACUUCACUGCUCUGUCAAAUCUAAUUAGCCUCAAUCUCUCGGCAAACUCACUCUACGGCUCCAUUCCUCCAUCCGUAGGUAACCUCUCUAAGUUGUCCACUCUGUCUAUUUUUAGCAACUCACUCUCUGGCACAAUCCCUCUUGAAAUUGGUAAGUUGAGCAGUCUAAGCAUUCUCUACCUUGACGGGAAUCAUCUCCGGGGAACUAUCCCGGAAGAAAUGGGAAUGCUGCACUCUCUUUCAAGCCUCACCCUGUAUGACAACAAUCUCACAGGUCGUAUUCCUACUACUAUGGGAAAAUUGAGCAACUUAACCUUUCUUGCCUUGGGGCACAACAAUUUCAUAGGGCCGGUUCCCCCAGAAAUGUGCACCCUAAGUUCUCUCACCUUCCUUUCUUUCCAAACGAACAAAUUAACUGGUUCCAUUCCUUCGUCUAUAGGAAAUCUGAGCAGUCUAAACGUCCUUAAC